CUCGGGGCUAUCCUGCUGCAGCCAGAUUUGACUCGGACCAGGACUUCAUGUACAAAACGAAGCUGGGAGAAAGAGACCGAGUCCUAGUUUAGGUUCAGUGGCUUGGAAUCCGAUGGGUUUAGCAGCCGAGGAAGGGAGACCUCCUCAGGGAAAUCUAAAGAUUUGUCCAGUCUUAAUGCUACGGUGGUGAAAUCAACCAAUGGUGCCAGAACUAUUGGCAAAACGAGAAGCCGUCUGAGUUCUCUCCGCUGGAAUCACAUUAACAAAAAGAUACCCCCAUAACUACUUUCUCGUCCACCUCUUCUCCCCAACUGCCUAUCUACAAAUCUGGGGAAAACCUCCAGCCUCCUCCCCUUCCCAGAGGAUGGAGGAUCAGUGUAAAGAGUGACCAGCUUCCGCCCUUUUUAAGCCUAGAAGAUUGACCAUCCCCUCGACUUCGCCAAAGUGAGCUUUUUUCCCCCCUCCCCUUCCUCUCGGACAUCUCCACCCCUCACCCCCCUUCUCAAUUCCCUCCCUCUGGACGAGGGCGGAGGAGAGGAGGGGGUGUCCUGGUCGUCAUGACAGAGCUGAAGGCAAAGGAUCCACGGACUCCCCACGUGGCGGAUGGUGCACCUUCCCCCUCCCAGGUUGAAUCCCCCCUUUUGGGUCACCCAGACCCUGACCCUUUCCAAUCCAUACAAAACUCGGAAAACCCUCCGGUGGUCACGGCGCUCCCCAUAUCUUUGGACGGAUUGCUCUUCGCCAGAAGCAGCGACGAAGAGGAGCCACCGGACAGGAAAGAGGAAGGAGAGCGGGUGCUGCCCGAGGUGGACUGCGCGUAUCCCGUUGCAGCAGGAUCAGGCGGGGGAGGCGGAGGAGGAAGAAGUAGUAGCGUCCGAGCUCCAGGUAAGGACAGCGGGCUGCUGGACAGUGUCCUGGACACGCUGCUGGCGUCCCCGGGGCCAGGACACGGUCACGCCAGCCCCCCCGCCUGCGUCGCCACCCCCUGGUGCCUCUUUGGAACCGAGCUCCCUGAAGACCCUGGGGCCGCCCCCUCAUCCCAGGGGGCGCUGCCGCCGCUCAUGAACCGGCUGCCGGGCAAGGAAGGAGAAGUCUCAGGUGCUGGAGCCGCGCACAAAGUCCCGCCGGGAGGCCCGCCCUCGUCACGGCCGCCGCUGGCGGCCAGCCCCCAGUGGCCCGAGGCAGCCGCGAAGCCGCCGCCGCCGUCACGGGACGAGGAUGGGCCCGAGAGUUCGGCGGGACACCUCCCCAAGGGCAGGUCCAGGGCCCUAGCCGGCGGCGUGGCUGCAGCGGCGGUGGCCACAACCCCGACCCUGCAGCCCGCGGGAGACGUGUCGCCGGCGCCUAGGGACGAAUUCCGCUUCUCCGCUUCCAGAGCCGGCCCCGCGGCCGAGCUAGAGCCUUCGACAGUCCCGGGGCGCUCCUCAUUGGCCGCCUCGCUGAUGGACUUCAUCCACCUGCCCAUCCUGCCGAUCAACCCAGCCUUCUUGGCUGCCCGCACCCGGCACCUGCUGGAGGUGGAGGGCUUCGAGGGCGGCGCCGGAGCUUUCGCGCAGCCCCGGGACUCGCCGGCCUCCUCCUCCACCCCGGGAGCCGGGGGCGACUUCCCCGACUGCGCCUUCCAGCCGGACCCCGAGCCCAAGGAAGACGCCUACCCGCUGUACGGAGACUUCCAGCCCCCGGCGCUGAAGAUUAAGGAGGAGGAGGAAGGGGAGACCCGCUCGCCGCGCUCUUACCUGUUGCCGGGCCCCACCCCAGCCGCCGGCCCGGACUACGCACUGGGACCCCAGCUGCCCCAGCCGCAGCCGCCGCCGCCGCCGCCGCCCCAGCAGCGGGCACCCUCGUCUAGACCGGGGGACUUGUUGGCAGCCCCUGCCAUUGCCUCCGCCAGCGUUUCCUCCUCAUCCGCGUCCUCCUCCUCCUCCUCCUCCUCGUCGUCCUCUUCCUCUUCUUCGUCCUCCUCAUCGGCCGCCGCCACCUCGCACUCCACCCUCGAGUGCAUGCUUUACAAAGCCGAGUCGGCGCAGCCUCAGCCCGGUCCUUUCGGCCCCCUGCACUGCAAAGGGCCAAGUGGAGCCGGCUGCCUUCUGCCGCGGGACAGCCUGCCCUCCACCUCGACCUCGGCUGCCGCCGGCCCCGCCUCGGCCCUCUACCAGCCGCUCGGGCUGAACGGGCUCCCGCAGCUGGGCUACCAGGCAGCCGUUCUGAAGGAGGGCUUACCCCAGGUCUAUCCCCCCUAUCUGAACUAUCUGAGGCCAGAUACAGAAGCCAGCCAAAGUCCUCAAUAUGGUUUUGAAUCAUUACCUCAGAAGAUUUGUUUAAUCUGUGGUGAUGAAGCUUCUGGUUGUCACUAUGGAGUCCUCACCUGUGGAAGCUGUAAGGUCUUCUUUAAAAGGGCAAUGGAAGGACAGCAUAAUUAUUUAUGUGCUGGGAGAAACGACUGCAUAGUUGACAAAAUUCGUAGAAAAAAUUGUCCAGCAUGUCGUCUAAGAAAAUGCUGUCAGGCUGGCAUGGUCCUUGGAGGUCGGAAAUUUAAAAAGUUCAAUAAAGUCAGAGUUAUGAGAGCACUGGAUGCUGUUGCUCUACCACAACCAGUGGGCCUUCCAAAUGAAAGCCAAGCUCUAACACAGAGAAUCACCUUUUCACCAAAUCAAGAAGUUCAGUUGAUUUCCCCACUGAUCAACCUGUUACUGAGCAUUGAGCCAGAUGUUAUCUAUGCAGGAUACGACAACACAAAACCUGAAACAUCCAGUUCUUUGCUGACCUGUCUAAAUCAACUAGCUGAGAGGCAACUCCUUUCAGUAGUCAAGUGGUCUAAAUCACUGCCAGGAUUCCGUAACUUACACAUUGAUGAUCAGAUAACCCUUAUUCAGUAUUCUUGGAUGAGUCUAAUGGUGUUUGGAUUGGGGUGGAGAUCAUAUAAACAUGUCAAUAGUCAAAUGCUAUAUUUUGCACCUGAUCUGAUACUUAAUGAACAGCGAAUGAAAGAAUCAUCCUUCUAUUCCUUAUGCCUUACCAUGUGGCAAAUCCCACAGGAGUUCAUGAAGCUUCAAGUUACUCAAGAAGAAUUCCUCUGUAUGAAAGCAUUACUGCUUCUUAAUACAAUUCCAUUGGAAGGACUUAGGAAUCAGAACCAGUUUGAUGAGAUGAGAUCAAGCUACAUUAGAGAGCUCAUCAAAGCCAUUGGUUUGAGACAGAAAGGAGUUGUGGCUAGCUCACAGCGUUUUUAUCAGCUGACAAGAUUUAUGGACUCCCUGCAUGAUCUUGUAAAACAACUCCAUCUCUACUGCUUGAACACAUUUAUCCAAUCCCGGGCACUGAGUGUUGAAUUUCCAGAAAUGAUGUCUGAAGUUAUUGCUGCACAGUUACCCAAGAUCCUUGCAGGGAUGGUGAAACCUCUUCUCUUUCAUAAAAAAUGAAUGUUGAUUUUUUUCUUCUUAAAAUGGAUUACAUUAUGUGGAAUUUCUGUUUUGUUUUGGUCAAGAUUUUGGUGUCUUAAAAUUUUUAAAUAUUCUUCUCAGCGCCUUAUACUUGUAAUAUAACAUGCAGAGUAAAUUUAAGAGAGAGAUUAUGAAACACAAAUGUGUUUACUUUAUAAAGCAUAAUUAGUAUUUUGUAAGUGUUUUGUGUACUCAAAUUUUCCUUUAAAAUUCACAAGAUUGGAAAAGUACUUUAAAUUGAAUGUUAAAAUAAACUUAAUCUUCAUUUUAUUUCAUAGAAUUUAAAGAGAACUUUUUUUUCCCUUUUCAUCUAACAGACUUCAACCUAAACGACAAUUGUACAGUCAAUAAAAUGUUCAUUGCACACUUUG